AUGUGGGCUUUUAAGGAGGGGUGCCUUAAAGAGACGGGAGCAGCCAGUUUCAGACAGCAGAUCUACAGAUCUGAGAACAGGCCUGUCUACAACUGGACGGUGCAGCAGGUGGAGGAGUGGCUCGCCAGCGUCGAGCUGCCUCAGUACCGCGAAAGCUUCAGGACGCACCAGCUGGACGGCCAAGCGCUGCCCAGGUUGGCGGUGAAGAACGCGACGCUGACCGUGUCCGUGCUGAAGAUUUUAGACCGGAGUCACGCUCAGAAGCUGCAGCUCAAAGCUCUCGACAUCGUGCUGUUCGGGCCGCCGCCAGGCCAGCAGAGCCGCUGGAAGGACCUGGUGCUGGCUCUGUCCAUCCUGAUGGCGCUCGGCGGCUGCUGGUUCGCCUACGCCCAGACCCGGAAGUCCAGAGACGACCUGGGGAAGCUGAUGAAGGACCUGGAGAGCCUGCAGAGGGCGGAGCAAAGCCUGCUCGACCUGCAGGAGAAGCUGCAGCAGGCUCAAGAGGAGCAGCGCUGCGUCCAGGUGGAGAAGGUGAAGGUGGAGGAGGAGCUGAGGAGCGAGAUCAACUCGGCCAAGGAGGAAGCUCUGCGGCUUCGUGAGCUGCGAGAGGGAAACAAGAACGAGCGGAGCCGGCAGAAAUAUGCCGAGGAGGAGCUGGAGCAGGUCCGCAAGGUGCUGAAAAAGGCAGAGCGGGAGCUGGAGUCGCGAGCCCGCUGGACACCGCCGGAGGCGCUGCAGAAGUGGCUGCAGCUGACGCACGAAAUCGAAGUUCAGUAUUACAACAUCAAGAAACAGAGCGCUGAGCGGCAGCUGCUACAGGCCAGAGAGGGGGCAGAGAAGAUCAAGAAGAAGAGGAGUUCUCUGUUCGGCACGUUUCACGUGGCUCACAGCUCCUCGCUGGAUGACGUCGAUCACAAGAUCCUCUCCGCCAAACAAGCCCUGGCUGAGGUGACAGCGGCGCUGCGGGAGAAGCUGCACCGCUGGCAGCAGAUCGAGUCUCUGACGGGCUUCUGUUUGGUCACCAAUCCAGGCCUCGGUGCGCUAGCCACCGCCCUCAACCUGGACCCGUCCUUCCUCGGGCUGCGACCUCCGACCCCUCAGCACCUUAUCCUUUCUGAUGACCUCGAUGACAUGGACGAGGACAUCCUUUCUCCGGGGACGCUGCAGUACGCAGCGUGGCAGAUGGACCGGCGAGUCAGCGACCUCUGGCCCCUGAGUGGCAUCGCCGACACCCAGUCACCGUGGAAACAAUCCGCUCAGAGCGUGAUGCCCCUGCGACAGAGGAUCGGAGACCCCGCCCUGAACACUUUCAGCUCUCAGAGGGACAUCAUGAACCGCUCAGACUCUGACUCCGCCCUCCCGCAGUCUCACAGCGACCCCCGAGGUCAGCACAGCUCAAAGUCCUUCCUCCUGACGUCCAGGCUCCACCCACUGCAGGACCCGGGCUCCAGGCUGGGUGUGGGAGGUGGAGGAGGAGGUCUGGAGAAGAGCUCCAGCCUCGGGGAGCUGAGGGGCAUCUCUGCUUCCGUCCUCGCCUCCGCCUGCUCCACUCGCUCCCUCUGCAUCACAUCGGACGCUACAGACGGAACCACCGUCUUCUCGUCGUCCACCUCUUCCAGCUCGUCAGGUAGCGCCCGGGGGGCGGGGCUCCAGGUUGCCACCAGAAAGGGCGGCACGGAGGAAGACGCCGGCGAGGAUAGCGAGUCGUCCGGCAGCCGCAGGAGAAACGCCUUUAACAAGCUCUUCAAGAAGAAGCAUGGACGCUACUGAGCAUCACGCCAAACCUUCACCUGCUCACAGGAACCCAAACGCUUUACGCCGCCGUUUGAUCGUGUCUCUGCAUGACGGCGAAGAUCAGACCUCACAUACCACCAAAGAAAAGACGAGGACGACCAGACCAACCAUCAGCCCCAGUGCAGCAAACUAACACCAACAUCGGCUCCCAGAGUGUUUAAACGCUGUUGUAGUGGAACUUUCACUGCAGGAACUGCAUCCUGUGUAAAAAGCUGUUUGUGAGUUGAUAUUGUGUGCAGCUGCUUUCACGAUGUUACCAAAGAAAUGUCACGGUUUUGUUUCUGAAAGUGCCUCAAAGUCCAAAAUCUGCUGUGAGGCAGACUGUGGUUUGUAAGUGAUGAAGAUGCCCCAGAGCACUGAAGUGACUGAGCCUCACCUGUACGGAGGCCUGAAGCUGCCAGACUAAAGUCAUGUAAACAGCUCAGUAAAUAGAAUAUUUCUGCCUGUAAAUGUACCAAAAAUAAUAAAUGUUGUGGUCUUAAAGCACAUCUGCUGGUUCUGUGGGAUUCAGGGCGCGUUCACACCUGCGUCUGUUCAGCCUGUUUAAAUGAAGCUGGUUGUCAAUUUGGAGUCAUAAAUGACCUUUAGAAUAA